AUGAGGACGGGAACUUCUCUGCUUGUGGCCUCAGGUCUACUGAACUUCGUCUUUGCUGCUCCAGCACCAGUCCCAAACAAAGUCAAGCCUCGUCAAGAGUCUGCCGUACAAUUCUUGGACAAUACGAACAAUCCCACUGCUACCCCCUUCGGACCCCCAGGUGCUUCUGGCCAACUCAGAGGUGGCUCUGAACUCCUCGGUGUCAAUCCUACCAAUGUUAUCAGCUCGUACGAUCCUGCUGUUGUACCGUCAAGUGCUUUCAGUGUAGGACCUCUGCAGACUGCGGAUGCGGAUACAGGAUUUUACCUUGAUCUGAGUAAGAUCGAGAACCCACAGCCUAUCCGUGGUGAAGGAGGAAAAUCACCUACAGAUCCUGGACCGAGAAAUGAGUUGUUGGAGAAGCAGAACCCGGACUUGUAUAUCCCUCCUGGUACCGACGCUGGCGAUGUUUCGAACGCUAAGUGGCCUUUGGGCCUUUCCCACAACAGACAUGGAAAGAACGGUGCAGGAUGGGCAAGACAGCAGAAUGUUGACCUUUUGCCUGUCGCUAAGAACAUGGCUGGUGUUGACAUGCACCUCGAGCCUUAUGCAUACAGGGAGCUGCACUGGCACCAAGCCAACGAAUGGUCCUACAUCAUGAACGGCUCAGUCCGCAUCAACGCCGUCAACGAAGCUGGUGAAACCUUCACCGACGACCUAUCUGCAGGCGACGUCUGGUUCUUCCCCGCCGGCAUCCCUCACAGCAUCCAAGCCGGCCCCACCGGCGUCGAAUUCCUCCUGGUCUUCGACGAAGGCAGUUUCAGUGAGGACAACACGUUCCUACUCUCCGAACUCUUCGCUCGCAACCCCAAGUCCGUGUUAGCCAAAGACCUUCGCAUCGACAUCUCAGCUCUGGACCACAUCCCUCAAGACCAACUAUACAUCUUCAACGGCUCAGCAUACCCAGCCAAUGUUUCUGACCCUCUCAACAAUAUCACAGGUCCCGCAGGCAACAUCCAAAACUCCAUGGGCUACUCUUACCACUUUUCCGAACAGGCACCCUAUCAAGUCCCCGGCGGCAGCGUCAAGAUCCUCGACACUUUGACCUUUCCAGCAGCCUUUGACUUUGCCGUCGGCCUCUUCACCAUCAAGCCAGGCGCCAUGCGCGAGUUGCACUGGCACACCACCAGCGACGAGUGGGACUUUAUCCUCAGCGGUCAAGGACGCCUUACUCUCUUCCAAGCUCCCCAAGCCUCCCGCACCUUUGACUUCCAAGCUGGCGACGUGGGAUAUGUGCCAGUGGUCACUGCGCAUUAUCUUGAGAACACUGGCACUGAGGAUUUGGUGUAUUUGGAGGUUCUGCAGGCGCCGAUUUACAAUGAUGUUAGUGUUGCGCAGUGGCUUGGAUUGACGCCUAAGCAGGUUGUUAAGGAACAUCUUGGGUUCAGUGAUGAUACCCUGAAUCGUCUUCCUAAGAUUAAGCCGUUUAUUCUGCCUGGAGAUACGGAUUUGGGACAGACUAACUUUACUUCUGAAGUUGAGUAG